AACAUGACUCAGACCGUCAAGUUCGCCUCUAGAGUGUUCAAUCGUGUCCUGGGGGCUCCCGAGCUGAGCGCCUCACUGGGCUCCGGAGGCGCCAACUCAGCGCUCCGGAGCUUGGCGGACAUCCCAGGCCCCUCCACUCCCAGCUUUCUGGCUGAACUCUUCUGCAAGAGGGGACUGUCGCGACUACACGAGCUACAGGUGCAGGGCGCUGCGCGCUUCGGGCCCGUGUGGUUGGCCAACUUCGGUACGGUGCGCACGGUGUAUUUGGCCGCUCCUGAGCUGGUCGAGCAGCUUCUGCGACAGGAGGGGCCCCGGCCAGAGCGCUGCAGCUUCUCUCCCUGGACCGAGCACAGGCGCCAUCGGCAGCUGGCUUGCGGACUGCUCACCGCGGAAGGCGAAGAAUGGCAGAGGCUCCGCACCCUGCUGGCCCCGCUCCUUCUUCGGCCUCAAGCGGCCGCCAGCUAUGCCGAAACCUUGGGCGACGUGGUCCAUGACCUUGUGAGGCGACUGCGGCGCCAACGGGGACGAGGCGCCGGGCCGCCUGCCCUGGUUCGGGACGUGGCGGGAGAGUUUUACAGAUUUGGACUAGAGGGCAUAGCCGCAGUGCUGCUGGGUUCGCGCCUCGGCUGUCUGGAAACCGAAGUGCCGCCGGACACGGAGACCUUCAUUCGCGCGGUGGGCUCUGUGUUUGUAUCCACGCUGCUAACCAUGGCAAUGCCGAACUGGCUGCACCGCCUAGUGCCCGGACCCUGGGGCCGCCUCUGCCGAGACUGGGACCAGAUGUUUGCAUUUGCCCAGCAGCACGUGGAGCAACGAGAGGCUGAGAUGGGCAUGAGGAACCAGGGAAAGCCUGAGGGAGGCACGGAACCUAGGGCUCAUCUCACCUACUUCCUGUUCCGAGAAAAAAUGCCUGCCCCAUCCAUCGUGGGGAAUGUGACAGAGCUGCUACUGGCCGGAGUGGACACGGUGUCCAACACGCUCUCCUGGGCUCUGUAUGAGCUCUCUCGACACCCUGAAGUCCAGACAGCACUCCAUUCAGAGAUCACAGCUGCUCUGGGCCCCAGCUCCUGUGCUCACCCCCCAGCUGCUGCUCUGUCCCAGCUGCGCCUGCUGAAAGCUGUGGUCAAGGAGGUAUUGAGGUUAUACCCUGUAGUACCUGGAAAUUCCCGUGUCCCAGACAGAGACAUUCGUGUGGGUGACUAUAUCAUCCCAAAAAAUACGCUGGUCUCUCUGUGUCAUUAUGCCACUUCUCGUGACCCUGCCCAGUUCCCAGAGCCAAAUUCUUUUCGUCCUGCUCGCUGGCUGGGGGACAAUCCAGCCCCCCACCCAUUUGCAUCUCUCCCCUUUGGCUUUGGCAAGCGCAGCUGCAUGGGGAGACGCCUGGCAGAGCUUGAACUGCAAAUGGCUUUAGCCCAGAUCUUGACCCACUUUGAGGUGCAGCCUGAGCCAGGUGCUGCCCCAGUCCAACCGAUGACCCGGACUGUCCUGGUGCCUGAGAGGAGCAUCAACCUACAGUUUGUGGACAGAUAG